GUGUUGGAAGAAGACAUUACCACUUUUGUAAAAGAUGAACUGAAGAGGAUGAAGAACAUCCUGUGUCCAGAAGGUUCAGAGAGGCUUAAAGAAACCGCUGGUGAAAAGGAGCAAAACAAGAGCAACAGAGAAGCAUUUUUAAACAUUGUUCUGAACUUCCUGAGAAGAAGAAAGCAGGAAGACCUGGCUAACAGUCUGCAAAACAAACUGCAUGAGAUGAUUUGUCGACAAAAACUCAAGACUAACCUAACAAGAAGGUUUCGGUGCUUGUUGGAGGGAAAUUCCAGAGAAAAGAAACCAAAUUUUGUGAAUCAGAUCUACACUGAGCUCCACAUCACAAAGCAUGGGACAGAAGGGGUCAAUAGUCAACCUGAGGUCCAACAGAUAGAAGCUGCAUCUUGGAAACCAGCAGGUUCAGAAACCAUCAUCAAAUGUGAGGAUAUUUUCAUCCCUGGAAAAGAUGAACCAGUUAGAACUCUGAUGACCAAAGGAGUUUCUGGCAUUGGGAAAACAGUCUUUACACAGAAGUACAUUUUGGACUGGGCUGAAGACAAAACAUACCACAACAUACACUUUAUCUUCCCGUUCACGUUCCGAGAGCUUAAUUUACUGAAAGAUAAAACCUACAGCUUAGUGGGACUCAUUCAUUACUUCUUCAC